AUGUCGGUGCACUCUACCCCGCCCCACCCGUCCUCGGGGCGCUCGACUGCCUCUCCCCCGCAAUUUGAGUCGUCCGAGGCCUACCUAUCCCUCAUCGCCCGCGUGUCUCGUACCGAGUCCCAGCUCGGUGCCCUCUCGACCCAGGUUGCUCAACUAUCCGAUCUGGUCAGGUCCGCCCUUCCCAACAGGUCGGGUUUUGCCCCACCAGAGCCUCCCAAGAGACCUGUCUUUUCGCCCUUCGACUCUGACCCGGCGUUGGAGGCAGGCGGUGGUGCCAGUAACACCGGGUUCCCCGGGCAUCACCAACCAAAACCAUCCCCCCACAUCCCCAGCGCCACCACCCCGAGCGCACUCACGAAUAACGAAAACCCCCCGCAAGACGCAUCCAUCUCUGCCCUCACUCAGCAGAUAUCUGCGCUGUCGACUUCGGUCGCGCAAUUGCAGCGCUUACAACAUACGCAAACCCAGCGCCAACCCUCUUUCCCUCCCCCCACCCAGUCUGUCCAGCCGCAACAGCUCGGCUCUUCCAGCCUAGCUGGAGACAGGCAUCCUGGGCCAUUGUCAUUGGGCGUGCCGCCCCGGCAUCCGGGCGGUAUAGACACCGGACCCCUUACAAUGCCCUCCACACAAUUACCCCUUUCUUUCGGCGGCUUGUCCCCCACCCGUCCCAACAUGAACCGCUCUAUCUCUUCAUCUGUGGUCCAGCCCGAAUUCCAAAGGCAUGGACACAGCCACUCGCAUGGUCAUGGCCCUCUUGGGCAUCAUGCGCAUGGGCAACACGGUUCGAGUGCUUUAGCGAGGGACUCGAUGGCCAGAGAUUGGCCUAGCCCUGGACCGGGCGGUAUGCAGACGCCUGGAGGACAGGGAAGGGAUGGCUUGUUGACACCAGGAGGUGCGCCGGGCGGAGGCAUCGUGAUUAGCAAAUGGGAGCACUUGAACCUCAAAGUGGAUUUGUUGAGGUCGAUCUCGAAAUACGGAAUUGGACCGCCCAACAAGAUUCAGACAAGAGUGUUGCCGUUCAUGAUUAAGGGGUCGGAUAUCAUUGCUCAAGCACCACCUACUACUGAGCGUAUCAUCUCCUAUGUCAUACCUGCUUUGCAUCUUUGUCAAAGUUUACUACAGCCUACAGGUCCGUAUGCCGGUCCGUCCGUGAUCAUCAUCACCACCACUGUCGACCAGGCCAUGCAGUGCCACAAGCUCGUUCGAGGCGUCGGAGGUCCGAUUGGUAUCCGUGCCGGUAUCGCAGCUGGCGCUUCUGGAUCGAGCAAUUUGCAGAAUGAGAUUGCGCAGAUGCAGAGGGAGCAAAUUCACUUGCUUGUCGGUACGCCCGCCAAGGUGAACGAGGUCAUGGGUGUUCGAGGUGGUUUGCAGGGUGACGACACCAGGCUUUUGAUCGCAAUGGAUCAACUGAUUGCACGAAACCUCUACGAGCACGUACUCAACGUCUCCAAGCUUCUUCCGCCGCCUCGUGGACGAGGAGGCGCUCUUACCCCUGGUGGACCCAUUCCGUUCUCUCCUGGACUCACAAGUCCUUACGAUGCUGGUCGGGACUCGCCCUUCAACCCCGCCAGCAAGACACCCUUUCCCAACGCCAACGGCGCUCAAGGCGGAGCUAGUCGAUUCGGUGCGCCUGGGCAAAGUCCCGCGCCGCCCUCCGUCUCGAAUGGUGGACCCGGCGGAGUCGACAGGCAGACGUGCUUGUUCUCCAACACCAUCCCUACAGACGUCAUCAACUUUUCCCAGUCGCUCCAAGUGCGCGACCCUGUUCGGGUUCUGGUCCGUCGGGAAGGAGGCAACAACUCGCAAGAGUCGGUGUCUUCUGUGACGCCCGGUGUCAACCUCAAGCACACGUAUGUUUACUUGACCAUCACUGGUAGUGCCCAGAACGGGAACAAUGCUCAAGCCGAAGUUGGACCGGGGACGAUCGGGUCAGGCAGGUCGCAGGGAGGACCAGGGCAGAUGAACGAGGAGCAGACCCGAGCGAAAGAGUACAAGCUCAACAUGCUUGUCAAGAUGCUCGACGACUAUCCGCUAUGGCAGGCGAUCAUCCAUGUUGGAAGCUUUGCGAUCCUGGAGGCUGUCAUCUGGAAGUUGAAGAGUAGAAACUGGGAGGCUCUUUACCUGACUCCGGAUAUGUCUCAGCAGCAAAAGAAGGCUAUCCUUCAGCAAUGGCGUCUCUCGCUCUCAGGCAACGGUCCUCGCUUUCUGGUAGUAUGUGACGUCAACAUUAAACCACCCGAGGUGCCAUGGUCGCCUCUGGUGAUCAACUUUGAUCUGCCUCGUAGUGUUGAAGGUUAUGCUCAAAGAGCGGCGGCGGCUGUCCCGCCUAGUGGCGGCGGUGGAAGGCAGGGACAGCAGGGAGCCGUGAACGGCGUGAUCGUCAGCUUUGUGCAGGCUGCGGGUGGGGAUGUGGAGAUGUUGAGGAGUACGGAGUGUGCUUAUCGAUUCAAAUCUGCGGAAAUACCGACCGUCUUCCAUGACCUCUUCCAACACUAA